ACAAAGUACAAAGAGUGUUGUCCGGUGCCCAGCGACGUCACCGCAUUUGAUUGCGCGACAGUGUGCCAUUAGACUCAAACACUGUGGCAUGUUUCCCGAGGUAAGAUACCCUGAUGUGACUCUGUUUCGGAACUCGUCUCUCUUGCACUGAAAUGGGACAGGGGGUGUGGAAAGAAGCAGAAUCUCCCUUCUCAGGCAUUUUUAAUACAAAAACACACUGUUUUAACACUCCGAUUUGAGGAUCCAUGGGAAUACCAUUUUCGUCAGAGAUGUCCACCGCUGCAACUCCAACCGUCCCGUCUCAGUUAACGUCGGAUCAACUCACCGUCAUUGUGGCAACAUUUUCCUCUCUGGUGUUCUUUGUGGUGAUCGUGGUGCUGCUUAUAUACCGCAAAGACCCUCACUGCUGCAAAUUCCAGUGCUGUCCAGAUUCUAGUGGAGACUUGGACGCCCCUCCUCACUACUACAGCAGCAGACAGGCCCUGGUGGGAACGCCCUGCCAGGACCAGGCUCAGGACACAGUGCACAACAGCGCCCGUUCGCAGACGGGACAGCUGUUCCUGAUCGGCCUGCCGUCCAGCUACCGCCUGCCCUCCCUGGAGGCGCCCCUGCCCAGGCUGCCAUCCUACGAGAGCGUCAGGAAGAAGGACCGCCAGAGACAAAUCCACAUGAUGAUCGCAGACCGUUUUGGCCUGAACGGCCCCAUGCUGUCUGAGGUAACACAAUGUAGCCGCGUACAAUGCCGUCGCCAACCCGGAGAAAGAUUUGUGGGGCCCCAUGUCAUUUGUGGGGCCCCAUGUCAUGGGCCCCCUUGUCGUCUAAAAGCUUCAGGAUUACCGUCGACGGCCCUGGUAACAGAACUGAUGUGUUCUUACAUGCUGCCUGACAGUCGACAUUACGGAUUGUUACCCAAAGUUAAUCUUUAGUUCCCGGUCCUUUAUUAAACAGCCUCACGUAAUCCGCCGUUAACUGAAGAAUGCCGGGGUCUGUCAUCUUUAGUUUUGACAAUAAACAAGAUGAUAAACUAGAGGUGUUCAUUUGAACUGUGCUGUCAUGGGAUAACCGGGGCUCAUUCAGAGAUUGAACACUAUUCAGAAGACAGUAAAUGGGAGCCCUAUCAGGUCAUCUCCUGCUUCAGCGACAGGCAGACUGCACAUUUUCAGGUUUCACCGUGUCGAUCUUUUACCAGGGGGUUUGACUGCGUAAUGCUCGAGCAAACAAGGUAAUGAGAAACAGGCACAUCAAACAUAAUUAAUGCCCGGGUCCUCAGUGUAAACAAUAGCGGUGAACACAGCGUUGUGCUUUCCUCUUUCACUCGACCUGUUUGCUCUUCUUUUUCAUUACGUAUUGACCUGGUCAGUAAGUGCUCUCCCACCAGUCCCUCACCCGGUCCCCGUUAGCUCAAAGUGACCCCCCCCACACACUAGAGUGGGUACCGACGGCCCGUAAUUGCCCUCUGUGCAGUGGCCAGAAGAGGCUGCAGUCAAACUGCGGUCGCCCUGUCCUGGUGGGUGUGGUGUUUUUACAGGGCUGGUAGAGGAGCGCAGGGCUCUCACUUCCACCCUCAGGGCCCCCGAGCAAUUAAAAGAUAAGAGGAGUCCGUCAGUCAGGGAGGGAGGAGCCGGUUGAUGACAGAGAUUGGCUUUGUACUGGAGGAGGGACCCUCAUGGCUGCCUGGGUGCUGCCAAACUAAUCUGUCAUGUAAAUGCUAACAUGAUGAGAUCAGGUUCUGUGUCAGAUGUAUCAGCCAGUACCCACAACACCUGUGGUUCGAUGCUCUCGCGUUCGCCAGGGCGAAGGUCACAGUUUCUUUUUUUGCGGCGUGACCAAGUUAGCGUGACACUUUCAGGAAGGAAGAAAAAAAAAAAAAACAUUUGAAACUUGAAUUAACCUGGAAAACACUGUUACACGUUCCAGUCGAUUAAAGCUUGAAUCUCAGACAGCGAUAGCCCCCCUCAGUUUAGUUCAUUCCAAGACCUGGGACCAUCGUAGUCCUCGUUCUAGGUGGUUGAUAUGAAGAUAUGCAGGGAGUUGCCUGAGCACUGCCUGGUACACAACCAUUUACCAGUGCAGCCUAGUAGGGAGGGAGGGCCUCUUCACCAUGGUGUGUUCACAGUGAUGGGUGAGUCAGUCCUUUACAUUUUAACCACUUGGCAGAAGCUUUUAUCCAUUUGUGUUUCCACUGAACCACAGGUGAAGGCCCCCCCCCCCACACACACACACACACACACACACAAAGGUACAUAGUAUAAUUCAGACACAAUGCCAAAUCUGAUCAAACUUUAAUAUCGUCUUGUCUUUUUAUAUGAAUCAAGUUGUGUAUUAAUUAGACUGUGUUGCUUAAUUUCAGAAAUUUCUGAUACAAGCAAAGGUCUCUCACCCAAUUGGCAAAUGUUUGGCUUGAUUCUAGCAUUUCUUUCUAAAACAGCCUUUCUUGCACUCAUCACAAGCUCCAGUCGCAAAUACUGAAAGGCCUUUCAAAUUGUAGAGGUACAGUGGUGUGUCAUCAGCAUACAUGCAGUUUAAAUUCCCACCUUAAAAUACAGUGUAAAAAUGUAAGGCCCUAAAAUGGACCCCUGGGGUCCGUCAAACCCUCCAUUCUCUUAUUUCACACAGAGCGUUCUCACCACCCACUCUAAAGGAGCGUUAAACUAGGAUUGUCUUUCCUUCCACAGCCCCCUCCGUCAUAUGAGGAGAGCAUCCGUCAGUCUGCUGAAGUGCCUUUUGACAUUCUGGGGUCUGUAAUGGACACCCCUUACUCGGAGAAC